UAUUAGGAGAUUGUAAGUGUCCGAGGUGUCCCCCCCUCCCCCCCGUGAGACUUCGCCUAUGCAUUUAAUGGCUGAUUGAGUUUGACAAGCAGAAAUUUGAUUGAGAGAGCUUCCCUCGCUCAAUGCCAUGUAACUUUUCCCUUGAAAGUGAAUUUCAUCGUGUCCCCUAGUCCUUAUGACGCGAAGGUCUCGGGUUUCACACGGAAACUACAUUUCCCAGAAAUCCAUCGAUCUCCAUGCCGGAUAUGUUGAUUGGGCGGCUCAUAACACUGCGAAGACGUGGGGUGGGGGUCUCUGCGGCUUCGGAUGAUGAGCUGUAGUCGAGGGUCGACAGCGCAUUGGAACUACUUUUCCCGACAUCCCCUGCGCGUAAGACGGAAGCGAGGUGUUCUUCCCUCUAGUAGUGAGAUGCCUGGUAUCCAGUUCCUGCCAUUUUCUAUCCUGCUUGGAAUUCUGGGGAUUCUCUGUGUGGGACUGACAGGAUUCUGGAGCCAACACUGGCUUGGUGGCUUUGCCUGGGAUGGUUCUUCUGAAAUGUUCAACUGGCAUCCAGUUUUUAUGGUAACAGGCAUGUUGGUCUUAUAUGGCUCAGCGGCACUGGUAUAUCGUGUGCCCCUUUCCUGGGAGGGGCCCAAGCUUCCAUGGAAGCUGCUCCAUGCAGGACUGACCUUGACAGCAUUUCUCCUUGUCAUAUUGGGGCUGGUUGCUGUCUUUGAGUUUCACAACAAAAAGAAGAUCCCCAACAUGUACUCACUGCACAGCUGGCUGGGGCUAACUGCUGUAGUGCUUUUCUCCUGCCAGUGGCUAAUGGGAUUUGCAUCUUUCCUGCUACCUUGGGCCCCCAUCUGGCUGCGAGCCCUCUACAAGCCCAUCCAUGUUUUCUUUGGCUCUGCCAUCCUUUCUGUAGUUAUGGCAGCCUGUAUCUCUGGCAUUAAUGAGAAGCUGUUCUUCAGACUAACAAAUUCAACAACACCAUACUCAAAUCUCCCUGCAGAAGCCUGGUUUGCUAACAUCUUGGGGUUACUUAUCCUGAUUUAUGGGCUCUUGGUGUUAUGGGCUCUUGCUAUGUCUGCAUGGAAGCGUCCAGAUGCAAAUUCACAAGACAUACAAGAGCCCUUGCUUCAGGAAGGCAGAUGAAGUGAAGCUACUUCAAGCACAGUGACUCAUAUUCGUGUGAUUUUCCAAUGAGAUUUGGAUCCCUGUUGCCUCUCUCUUCACUGUGUCGUUACUGGAACUGGUGCAGUAAAAAAAGUUUUUUUUCCGGCAAGAAGUCAUCUUGUCAGUGCUCCUGGGUCUCUUUGGUAAUUUGGCUUCUUUGCAGGCUUGAAGUGUUCUUGCCAUUGGCUGCUGGACAUUGUCUUCUCUGAACUACCUGUUCCUUACUUGCUGUUGUGCCAUUGUAUGUGAUGUUCUACAAUUAUGUACAUUUUUUAUUUUUGCAGCUCACUUAAAAUCAAAAUUAUCAACUAAAAUAAGCAAUUGCAACUCU